AUGAAGUUGUCGAAAUAUCUCAUCUACCUACCACCCCUCCUACCAGCAGCAACAUGCCAAUGCUUCGACCCCUCUCCCUCAUUCCCCAUCCCAUCCUGGGGCACAGGCGGCUCCAGCCUGGCUUCAACCCUUCAAAUCAUCGAACAUGAAAUCCACCAAAUCGUCGCGAAAGAGGCCUACAAAGCCUCCUCCUUCUCCCUCGAACUCACCUCCGCAUCCUCAACAAUCUGGUCCCUCCACCACACCGCCCGCCACCGCAACGAGACCCGACCAGGAACGGAAUCCGUCGAUGAGAAUAGCGUCUACCGCAUCUCGGCAGUGACCAAAGUCUUCACGAUCCUUGGGCUGUUGCGUCAACACGAUGCUGAAACACUCAACAUGGAGGAUCCGAUUAGCAAGUACGUCCCGGAGUUGGGAGGCGAUAUUCAGUGGGAGAACAUCACCCUCCGCUCCCUCGCUAGCCACCUCUCCGGCAUUCCGCGCGAGUUCGCGCAUAGCGAUAUGAUUAAUCAGUUCCAGGACCCGGUCGCGAUGGGGUUGCCGCCGGGGACGAAGGAGGGGUGUCCGACUUGUGAUGAGUAUAAUGAUUACAAGCCUUGUGCGAGGAGGGAUCUGCUGGAUGCGGUUAAUAAGCUUAAGCCGGUGUUUGCGCCCAACGAGAAGGGUACGUACAGUAAUGUGGGUGCUGAACUCAUCGCGUUGGCGCUGGAGAAUGUUACGGGGAUGGAUCUGGUUACGUACUUGCGGGAAGCUGUCUUGGAGCCAUUGGGGAUGAAGGCGACGAGUAUGGAUGCGCCGGCGGAUGAUGAGAAUGCCGUGCUCCCAAUCUGGUCGAAGGGGGAUAAUUACUGGGGCAUCGACACUGGUGUGCAGAACGCCACAGCAGGCCUCUACACCACAUCCGCAGACAUGGGCAAGUUCAUGCGCUACGUGCUCCGCAACGCGAACCAAAUCACUAGAGGUGUGAAUUGGUUCAUGCCUGCGAGCUGGAGCACAGGCUUCCGGACGUUCUAUGGCAUGCCCUGGGAAAUCCUCCGGACGGAGAAAGUGCUGAAGGAGAGGCAGCGGCCCGUCACGUUUGUUUCCAAGUCGGGUGGAAUGCCGGGGUAUUACAGUAGAGUUACGUUUAUGCCGGAGUAUGGAUUGGGCCUGACGAUUCUUGUUGGUGGUGAGACGGGGCUGCUGAGUGAGCUGUUGGAGUUGAUUACGACGCGGUUGAUUCGUGAGGCGGAUCCGAUCUUGUGGGGGGAGUUGAGUGGGUUGUACGAUGGGACGUAUGAGGCUGUUGAGGAUGGGUUGAAGUCAUCCCUCACCAUCUCAAGCGCGCCGGUCGGAGGCAUGAGGGUCACUUCUUUCAUCAGCAACGGCACCGAUGCUCUGCACCAAGUCUUUGGCCGGGAGGCGUCAACGGAGCGAUGGCAUGCUCAGCUGGUUCCCACGAUGCUGUCUAAGGAUGAAGCGAAGAAGAGAGGGGAUAUUUGGAGAUUGAUCAUCGUUCCUGAAAGGCUUGAUCAGACUGAUCUCGUGUGGGAUGAUUUGUGUGGAACGGAUGUUGAUACUGGGCGGUAUGCGGGAGUUCCUGCCAAUGAGUUCGUCUUCUGGCAUGAUGAGGGUGUCGUGGAGCUGCCGGCGUGGAAGGUGAAGUUGAAGAGAGAGCGGCAGGAGAAGAUGGUGGUGCAGCCGUGGAAGGUUGACAUGUAG